CUUUCCUUUUCAGUCAUUCAAAAUACUACUGAAACCGCCUCGCAACUGGACCUGUAGAAUAGAUAACAAAAAUGAUCCAGAUUCUAUUAGGUUAGCCGAACUUGGCUGGUGGUUUUUCUUCAUGAAAUUUAUUGAAUUUGCUGAUACGAUUUUCUUUGUGUUAAGAAAAAAGAAUAAGCAUAUUUCUACUCUUCAUGUGGUGCAUCACGCAGUAGUGCCAAUUGCAGUAUGGUGCGGUUUCCGAGUAGAACCAGGAAACUACAACUAUUUCUUUCCUCUGAUAAAUACAAUUGUCCAUACCGUAAUGUACACUUAUUACGGAUUAGCAGCAUUGGGACCAAGCGUACAGAAGUACCUGUGGUGGAAGAAGUAUUUGACAACAUUCCAAAUGAUCCAGUUUGUCAUGGUAUUUUUCUAUGUUAUGACGCUUAUGAUCACCAACUGUAAAGUGUCCAAGUUCAUUAUUUAUUUGAAUACAUUCUUGGCUGGACUUUUCCUUCUUAUGUUCUAUGACUAUUUCCAAAAUACAUAUCUAAAGAACAGGGCUAUUCAGAAGCAGAAAGAUCUGGAUGCUAAACUGUUACGUGAAAAUGAAGGAAAGAAAGCUAACCUAGGAGUAUCUUUAGAAAAUAAACAAAAAUCUGUUGAAAAGAAAAUUGGAUAAAUGCAAUUCCCAAAGUAACGCGCUUGACUUUUAUAUAUAUAUAUAUAUAUAUAUACAUAUAUAUAUAUGUAUAGCUACUUUUUGUGAAGGUGUAGUAAAUAUUUGCUACACUUUUUAUUUUUUUGUUGACUUGUUAAAAAAUACAAGCUAAGGCUUAUUUUGUUAAAAGAAGAAAACACCAAAUAGAAAUGUUACUGUGCUAUUUGAAAUACAUUUCACGAUUCCCACAUCAUAAUUUUGUAUAAAGAAGUAUGUGUUCCAUGUUAAUAAUGCGUAAUAGUUUUGUUUCAAUACUUUUAACAGUUAGCUACCAGAUUUGCUUUUCAUACAUGUAUUAUUAGAACUUGGAAAUUUUUAUGAACAUGAGCUUUUCAAGUGAUACAUUUUAAAAUCCUUUCACAUACCUAAGUGCCUUUUUAUUAAGUCUUAAGAUAAUUUGUGUAAUACUGAUAUUAAAACCCAUGGUAACAUACAGAACUACAUUUUGAAUUUUUCUUAUAUUAUUGGACCGACAUUCCAUUACUAAAAUUUCUUGCAUAUUAUCUGCUUACAUGCGAAGUAGCAAAAUUUCAUUUAUUUUUAUCGUGGAUUUCUGUGCAUAAAUGAGGGCUGAAUUUCUGGUUACACAUUACAACAACUUUCUAGAUGCACAUAAAUCAAGAAUGGAUCUAAGUUUUGCAGUGAUCUCUCAAUGUACUUUAUCAUCCAUUUUAGUUUGUACAAAAUUUCAUCUAGUACUCAGGAUAUCACUGGAGUCAUUAACUGUGAACUAAUUCGUUAAAGUUUUGAACUUGCUUACUUAAGUCUGUGUAACCGUCAACUCGUAUUAAUCAGGAAGCAGGGUGUUAAUUCGGGUACUAUAUUAUAAUGUGCUUUUGAUGGAACUGUAGAAGACUUAUUUCAUAGCUAUUACUUGUUUAUUGUGAAAUACAUUUAAUAUUUAUAGAAUUGAUGUUGUCUCAUGAGUCUCUUGAAAGCAACCUGAGUAUCAAAUUACUGUUAGUUUAUAUAUUUUUUGCAUUUUGUCUAUUCAUUAAAAUUUCAUUGAUAGUUGUAAAAGUAUUAAGACGUAGUUAAUUUUAUCAUUUCAUGAACAUGCAUUAUAAUGUUGUCUAAAAUAAUUUCAAGUAGUUCAUAGGAAACAUAUGUGUCAUUUUAAAUGAAUGUUACUUAUGCAAAUUAUUUUCAUGAUCUUUCUGAAAACUAAAAAUCAGGCUUAGUUGUUUGGUUUGCAAAUAUUUGUUGCUGAAAAUAAUCUCCAACUGAAAUUAACUCAUUUGAAAGUGAAGAACUUUAAGUACUUUCUAAUUCUGUUAUUUUAAAAGUAGAGCUUAAUUUUAAACACUGGAAAUGCCAGAACCUUUCGGAAGGUCAUCAGAAAAUGGGAACAAACACUAAAUAAUAAAUUUAUAAUUGAAAUUGAAUGAAAUGUACAUAUAUAAAUAAAAAAUAUUAAUGGAAAUAGUUGAAUAAAUAAAGUAUCUAUAUUUGGCUAAUUUUGGACUCUGGGUAGAGCAAAAAUUUUUGUAAAAGUUUAGAAAUAAUCGAACCGGUUUCCAUCUGAAUUUAAGUCCUGUUUUAAAGGGUGAACUUGUUAAUUUUAAUGUGCAUUUAACAGAGUUAUAAAGGUAUCAUUAGAAAUAACCACCACUUUAUCUAAUAUUUCUGUUCUUUACUGCCAACAGAAUUCAGAUUUUUUUAUUCUAUACCAGUGGUUCUCAACAAAGGGGGAAUUCUCUCUUGAGUUGAGAAUUUUGUAGUUUUAGGAGGGGGAAUGUGGUCAGCCUUUUCCUUAGUUGUUAAGUAUUCAGUUUUAGUUUAUGAAUAUAAAAAGCUACUUUUAUUCAAGUUUUGGCAUUUAUCAACAUUUUCUAUACUUUUUGUUUAAUUUAUAAAAAAAAUAAUCCAAAUCUAGAUAAAUGUUUAUAUUUAUUUGUCGAAUUUUGGAAAAGAGGGGAGAAUGAUCUUCUAGCAAUGGUGAAAGGGUUACAUGAGGGAAAAAAAAAAAAAAAAAAGGUUGGACUCCUGUUUUAUACUUCAUGGUUGCAAAUGAGGAAUCAGUCCUGUAUUUCAAAUAACUUUUUUGCAUUUGUUGAAGUAUGUUUCUUGUCUGUUAUUACCCAGGAAUAUUGUGUGUUAGUAGGAAUUAUUUGUAAAUAUUUUCACUUUUUUAUUAUGUGCAAGUGAUUGAGUGUUGUUAAUUUCUAAAUACCUGUCUACUUUUCAAAAUACUACUUUGAUUUUAAUCUUUUUACCUUUCUGUUUACUAUGAUUUCAUUCAUCAAGGUUUUACUUCUCAGUUCAGAUAUUUUAAUCAUAUUAAAAGCAUGGCAGAAGCGUACUUGUCAUUCAUUAUUCUUAACUAUUUACUUGUUUUUUUAAGGAAAGGUAAUAAAUUUCUGAAAUUUUCUAAUUAUUAAAAUAUUUUAUACAAUAUUAUAUUUUUAUAUUACAAUUUCUGUAUGUUGAUAAUUUUAGUGCUGAAUUUUAACCUUUUUUCCCUUCCCCUUCCCUUAAAGUUCUAAACUUACAGCUCAGAUUUUUUUGUCUUGUAUGUCUAGUAAUUUUAUAUCUGCAUAAUGUUAAUGAUGAAUAUUCUGUAAUAUACUGCACAGCAAUGUUUUUGUUAGUCAAUUUCUGUAAUAUAUUUCAAUAAAUUACAGGUCUGAAUUUGUCUCACA